CAGAACAUUUUUUAUAAUAAAUUUAAGUAAUGUCAUGUGUUAUAUUUAUUCAGAGCCUCUGGGGAAUCUUAUUAUCAGGGAUUGUUCAUUGCUAAAAACGUAGCUGUUGACGCUCAUUUAGACUUGUUAAAUUUGUACAAGAAAGGAUCUUUUACGAAGGUAUUUACCUUUUGCGCCAAACUUUUAACUCGAAUUAAUGUGGUUUUGAGCUUGAUUGUAGAGUAUUGAUUUUGACUUUGCUUUCAGCAACCAGUACAUUGCGGUAAUAGUACCCUUAAAGCAGCUCAAGAUACAAUUAGGAAAAAGCAGCUCUUGAUGAGACUGGCCUUGAAUACUGCGUAUGCCGACAUGCUGUAGAACAGAAAGCUGUGAACAUGUUCAGAGGAGAGAUAUUUGGUUAUGCUCACUUUUUGCAGAAAACAUUUAUGAUAGAGCAACAUCCCCAGUUUAUGUGGUACGAUGUGAUGUGCAAGUACUGGGUGUGGUUAAAAUCUAAUGACCCAUUUCUUGCAGAACAAAUGCAACCAGCUUUAUCAGUAAUGCAUGGGAAAAUCCACAAGCUUUCCUGUCAGAUAAAAUGGGGAGGAAGGUGGCAGGUUGGAGCAGCAAUGUCUACUGGAGAGGAGGCUGAACAAGUCAAUAGUUACCUUUCACGUAUCGGUAAUGUCACCAAUUACAUGUUAAAACAAAACCGCGAAGACUACAUUACAGAAUUCGCGAUGGACUGGAACGAGCGUAAAAUUGAUCUUUUACCUGAGUCAUUAUUUAAAAGAUGGAAAAGAGCAAAAGAGAAUAUAAAGCGUUGUGAAGAUGUGACAAGAUCUUUAUCGCAGGAAAAUAACAUAGAUAUUUCGGACAGAUCACUGCAAGGUUUAAUUGAGGAGGUGAAAUGCUGGGCAGCAAGUACGAUUUCGUACAAAAACAAGCACGUCUAUGAAGAUAACAUUCAAAAGUUGUUACCCGUGUCAUAUUUGGUCAAAGGAAACGAAAAGAAUGCUUCGGUUAUUCUUGGCAAGUAUAAGCUGCUCCUUUCUAGCAUCAAGGAGAAAGACACUUCCUUCGAUGUCUCGUCGUUCAACGCAAGAGUAAAUUUGGCCAACAAAAUUAUUGAUGAAAUUGUACGUUUAAUCGAUCAAUGUAACUUUGAAAUAUCAAUGAAAGCGGCUUCUAUGAAUAAAUUAGCGAGUAAGUUUGAUAUCACAGAACGAGCAUUUUUUAAAGUAAUUAUAGCAUCAUUAACACUGAACACUACAUACAUAAAACGUCAUCAGUGCUUCAACCUUACUUUUGUCAUAGGCACCAGCAAACAAAGGAUACGGCUCCGACGUAUUUUAGACAAAGAACGAGAAAAAGUUAAAACGUUUGUCCAAGAUUAUAACUCAUUGAUAGAGACAUGCGGCAUAAACAGAGAAAAGAUAACUAGUACUGAUAACGCAAUUCGAGGGGAAGGUUAUUGUGUUAUUUAUCGUUAAAUCCCGUAAAACUCAAUAAUUCUUAGUCGUUCUGUUGUUGAUGCAUCCAUGGAGAAACGUCGCAAUGAAGAAGAAGUGACUUUAACAAUUAAAGAAAUGGCGCGAUAUAUUCAACAUUAUGUGAAUACGAAAGAUACCUUGCUAAACGAGACACAAUUAUUGGAGUCAUCUGACAGGGGUUAGGGAAAGUUAUCCUAAGAUAUAAUAACAUUUACUGCAGUGAUGAUUACGUAAAUGGUAAUGUCAAACCUUUUCUUUCUAGGUAGAGCUGAUGACA